AUGAACGCAGCCAAAUUCACCAAAAAUCUAACAAGCUCGUUGAAUGCAGGCAACGCCAUAUCCUACAACAAAUCUACAACGAAAUCAAUCAUAAAUGUCCACAGCACAAGGAACAACACUAUCAUAACACUAACCAACAACCUCAAUCAACCGCUAACUUGGAUUUCUUCGGGCUCAAUUGGUUUCAAAUCUGCCCAAAAAGCUGGUUAUGAAGCUGGUUACCAGUCCACAAUAGCUCUAUUCAACAAGAUCAAUGACUCUUCCAUCGAUUCUUCACUCCACCAAUCCAAGUUUGGUCCCCUUGAGCUGCAUUUUAGAGGUUUUGGCCAAGGACGAUCGGCUAGCUGGGCAGCACUCUUAUCACAGGAAGGUGAAGCUUUUAAGCAGCGUCUGAGCUUGGUCAAGGAUAAGACUAACUUGGUCAGAGGCGGUACAAGACCUAAGAAGCAGAGAAGAUUGUAA